AUGAGUCUUCCGAGGCGACCAUCUCUUCCCUUUCGAAGCGGCAACUGCCAUGCAUGUGGUGGAACGCCGUCCUUUCGUUGGACCGUUGGACCUGAGGAAAAGCAAAAGUGGGAGAGGAACUUGCAGAGCUAUGCCAACGAACUGGCCUUCUUUCUGAAUCGAGACCUUCAGAAGGCUCUCGAGAAGCAUAGCGUUCUGGUGCCAAAGCUCUAUGGGCAUGAAUCUGUCCCUGGCCGGCGCUAUGUGCUUCUGACAGAAAAUCUGAAGCCCAGCUGGACGACCUGGGCAGUGCAUCCUGCCACGCGGUCUCCGGAAGUCUUCCGCUGGCUCGCGGGCUUCCAUGGCGCCUUCCAGGGACUUCUACCUGAGCAUACUCUUUGGGACUUUGGCACCCACGUCCACUUGGACCGGCGCCCAAGCAAGGAGCUGGAGAAUCUGCCCCAGAGCAUCGCGGACUUUUGCCGGGAUUUUGCAGGCCUCGAUCCCUUCUUCGGGCGCCCGGAGAGCCGUCUCUUGGGGCAACGCCUGCAGUCGGUGGCGCGGAAGGUCUCGGAGCACCUAAGUCCAGGGCCAGAGAACCGACCGCGCGUGACGUUGGUCCAUGGGGACUUCAAAGGAGCCAACUACUUCCUGAAGAAUGAAGGCGAAGGCUGCUGUGCCUUCGACUGGCAGUGGACAGGUCCUGGACUGGGUGCCACGGACCUGAUCUACCUUUUCUGUGGGAGUGUCGAGGAUGAGAUUGUGCAGGACUACCAACGUUGGCUGAAGCUGUACCACGAUCACUUGAUCCAAACGGCUGGAGCUGUGGAACAAUAUAAUUAUAGCUUUGAUGCCUUCCUUUUGGACUUCAAAGCUGCCACGCUGGACUAUGCUCGAUGGGUCUUUGCCUAUCGGCUCAUGGGCGACACUCCCGAGAAAUUCCGCGCGCGGGCGGAGAACGUGGAUGUGAAUUUGGGGCUUUUCCGAAGGCAUCCGCCGAGGAUCCGAUGGCUUUUGCAGCUGGUCGAGGAGUUCUUGUCAGACUUCGAGGAGUGA